UAGACAUUCACUGAAUAUCACAUGGAUUAAACGUAUACUCACAAUUCUGUAAGAUAUAAAUCUAUGUCACUGAUAAUAUCACUUUAAUCAAGCACAAUACAGAUUAAUGAAUGCAUUUAAACUCUGCUGCACUGAUUGACUUUGAAUAACACAGCUAGCUACUUAACAUAAAUUAAGCAGCAUUCCCUUUACCUAUCCUAAUAAAAAAAUGGAAACAAUAAAAGAACACCCAGACGAUGUGCCAUCACAAGCACCUUUUUCCUAUUUACGUGUCCCAACAUCUCAUCCUAUAACGUAUAAAUCAUCGUCCACCGUGAAUGAUAUCGAUCCAGUGCACAAUAUUAACAAUACUGAUGUUGAUGAUGAUGAUGAAGAUGUAGAAGUUGAAAUUGAUUUAGAGAAACUAUCACCGCCUUUACCACCAGAUGGAGGAUGGGGUUGGUUCAUUGUAUUUGGCAGUUUUUUAUGCAUGGUACUUGUGGAUGGGAUGUGUUUUUCCUAUGGAUUAUUUCUUAGUGAAUUAGAAGAAACAUUCGGUGCAUCUAAAAUGCAAAUGACAUUGGGGGGAUCUUUACUAACUGGAUUUUAUUUCAUGGUUGGUCCUCUUGUAAGUGGUCUUUUAAAUAAAUUUGGAUCCAGAGAAGUUGUAAUAGUUGGCACUUUGAUUUCAUCGGUGUCAAUUUUAACCAGUACAUUUAUUUACAAUUUGGAUUUAUUCAUUGUCGUAUUCGGUAUAUGCGGGGGUAUUGGAUACGGGUGCAUUUAUCUACCGGCGGCCACAGUUGUCACUUCUUGGUUUGUGAAAAAACGUGCCACUGUAACUGGAAUUAUAAUGGCUGGUAGUGGGAUAGGUGGUGUAAUCUACAGUUUAGUUGUUCCAUCUUUAAUUGAAAUAUACACUUGGCGUGGUUGUAUUUUGUUAUUAUCCGGUGUCAAUUUGAAUUGUGCAAUAGCCGGAGCCCUAUUUCGUCCACUACGCCCAUCUGAUUACAAGCAUGAAUUCAUUGGGAAUGAAGAUAUGGAAAAUACUUAUCCUAAUACAACGGCAAUCUCUAAAACAGAUCCAUUACUGGUUAAAAAUGUAACUGAUACAGAGGUCGAUGAAAGUGAAACUGAAGCAUUAACACGACAAAACACUGAAUUAAAUGCUAUCAUUGAAACAGAUCAUCCUGCAUAUAAUAUGAAUUUAAUGAGAAAACCAAAAACUUCAGUAAUUAAACUACCACCAGAAAAAGGAUUUAAUAAUCCAUAUUGUAUGAAAAAAACAAGUAUCAUUGAUGAUGAUGCAGUGAUUACUUACGGGAACCAGAUUGUCCCUGGUAUAAAAAGUCCGGUAAAUUUCCAGAAUAAUCCUUCUGAAGGUGUACCUGUAAUGAGUCUUGAAGCAGUUAAUCGUAUUGUGGGAGAUGUUCUCAAUCGUCAACUGAUCACAUCUUCAACAAGUUUAGCACCUCCAGAAUUCACUUCCAAACCUAAAUUGUCUGUGAUUCAAUCACCAAGAAAUAUUCAUUCAAGUUUUAUACAAACAGAACCAAAUGAUCUUACUGGUGCAUACAGAAAGCCAGAUAACUUUGGCAGUAAUGCUUGCUUUGCUUCAGUUGUUUCACUGAAAAUGCCAGCAGCCGAAUUGAACCAGUUGAAUGAUCCAUCAGUGUGUCAAGCGAUUGUAGAUGAACUGCAGAAAGAAAUGUCAAGACCAGCCUAUAAGAAAGAUUUAUUCCUUAGUGGAAGCUUAAUACAUCUGAAUGAAUUCUUAUCUACUGCUGAUGUCGCUUCAUAUAUCCGAUCAAUAACAAUUCCCGCUGAAGAAAUGAAUAUACGUCAACCAAUUUGGUCUAUGAUUAAAAAUGUUUUAGAUAUAGAAUUAUUGAAGAGUCCAACAUUUAUACUACUCUCAAUUUCCAGUGUACUCAGUAUGAUCGGUUAUUGUGUUCCAUAUCAAUUUCUUAAAGAUAACGCUCAACAGUUAGGAACAAGUGAAUCAUCUGCAUCAUAUCUAUUAGCUUAUCUUGGUGGUUUAAAUACAGUAGGAAGAAUAUUGACAGGUUGGUUAUCUGACCAGUCAUGGGCUAAUGUGCUCUACAUAAAUAACAUUUCACUAGUUACAUCCGGAUUACUUACAUCUCUAGUCCCGUUAGUUACAGUUUACGGAGGACUGGUUGGUUAUGCAUGUAUAUACGGACUUUCAAUAUCUGCAUUCAUUUCUGUUCGAACAAUUUUAAUUGUCCAAGUUUUGGGCUUAGAUCGACUAACUAAUGCAUUUGGAUACAUGCUACUAUUUCAAGCUUUCGCAUAUAUUGGGGCACCACCAGCAUUUGGUGCAAUGUAUGACAAGUUCAAGAACUUUAAUUUAAUCUUCAUUCUUGGUGGAUUAUCUGUCUUAGUAUCCGGUAUACUUUGUUUCCCAUUAGCUAGCUUAGCUCACUGGGAAAAUCGGAAAUCUUGUCAAUCAGACGAAAAUGAAGCGGUUUACGAGAAAACUACAGAUCAAAGUUUCCUCCCUGUACGAUUAUUGAGACGAGCACGUGAUUGGUUCAAUAAACACCUUCAAAGCUCUAAAAACUCGGAUAAUAUUUAUUAGAGUAAUGAUCGCUUUCAAUCGAUUGAUUUAAUUUUUUACUAAAUACACUUACCUCAUAGAUAGAUGUGUUGAUCAAAUUGUCAUGACAAGUGAAAUUAUUGUUGUUGUGAAUAACAAUUGAACAAACCAAUUCUUGAUUAUUCAAUCUCUCCGUUCGCUAACCAAUUCACAUCAACUCAACACAAUAGAGAACUGAGAAUAUUACAAAAGAAAUUUUGUUCAAAGUCUGAUUAUUUGUUUCGAAUCAUGUUAGGACUAAAUCCAUUGUUUUUACUAAAUAAUUGUAUAACGAAAUCAAUUAUUUCUAUCAACUUUGAUACAAAAAAACUGAUUAACUACACAUGAAAACAACUCAUUUCUUCUAUAUUUCUUCUAUAUUCCUUUUCUUGUGAUAAUGUUGAAAAACUAAGAAACAUAAUCUUACUUCGUAAAGUUUGUG